AUGGGUUUCGGCUGGGGAGAAUCUCAGGACAACUACAACCAGGUCUACAACGACGACCAAAACAACCAAGCAAGCCUCGGCCACGAGGUGCUCGCUGGAGGCGCCGCCUUCGCUGGCUUCAAGGCCUUCGAGGACCACCAACGCAACGAGGGCAAGCCGGUCUCUCAUCAGUUCGCCAAGGAGCUCCUUGCUGGCUUUGCUGGCGCUGAGGUCGACAAACUCGCCGAAACCAAGGGCGAGGACUGGUUCGACAAGGAGAAGACGAAGCGCCACGCCAAGCAGAAUGCUGAGCGGCUGUACGACGAGCACUACGUUCAGAACCAAGGUGCCGAUCAGUACGAUCCCAACCAAUACGACCGCCCCCAACAUCUCCAGAACCAGAACUGUACGCAACUCUACCGAGGGACCCAGACAAUCCUAACUGUUAUCAGGGAGCUUGAGCGGGACUGUGUUCCAGAGUGGAGGAUCAAAUAUCUCGACUAUAAGGUCCAACUUCCACGAUCACUCCUGCUCUCGGAUGCUAACGUCUUGUCUCUGCAGUUGGGCAAAAAGAAGCUCAAGGACGUCGCGCGAGCCGUGAAAGCUGUCAACCAGACUCCACGUAACCGCCAGAGAGGCAACACCAUCACUCCUGACCCUUUUGAAACCGCACCGACGUACUCGUUCUUAAAUCGCUCACGUUCCGGACGUGAGCAUGCUGGGCGUGAAGGCGCGCUAGACCGCCGGAACGCUUCUAUACGCAAUGACAGUUCUAGCUUCAAGCCCAAGGGCAACGGGAAAAGCCCAUCGCAGGGGCGAUACAUCUUGCGCGAUCCGGAAGAGCAGCCAUUGAGAGAGGGCGAAGAACCGGGAUACCCAGGCAUGACAAGAUAUGGGAGUAUAAUUGGGAGUCCUACGGACCCGGGGAUGGAUCAUAAAAGGCACCAUAGCAAAGACCAGAAGCCGCCGGAGCUGGAGCUGCCAGAUCCCGCGCUAGAUCCUGACCAUGCGAGUCUCAAACAACCAUACCGAGCGCCCACCACAACCGCGAAGACGCCCCCUUUUCAGCUUCCACCGAGUGCUUCCAAUGCCUUUGAAGUCGGCAAGACAAAAUCUCCACAUCGCCAGGCUUCUACAUUACCUCACAGAUAUAUGAGUAUCUUCACACCGAAGCGCAUAAAUUCUAUGCCAGGAACAGAAGGGGUGCGACCACGAGUCACAAGGAUGUUCUCGUUAUCAGGAAACAAAACACCAGUAUCAGCAGGGGCGCCAGACAUGCCUCUCGAGUCAUAUCGUGAACUCGAUUUCCGUCAAGCCGAGUUCUUCAACUUCUUGGACCUGCAACUGGAGAAAAUUGAAUCUUUCUACAAAGAAAAAGAGGACGAAGCCACUGAUCGCCUAAAUGUUCUGCGAGAGCAGUUACAUAUUAUGCGAGAUCUCCGCUUGGAAGAAAUUGUUGCACAUCAAACUGCGAAGUUGAACAAAAAGAAAACACUCUCAGAGGGCCAGGGCUUAUUGUACAACGCCCCGGGUUCUAGCUCAGACGAGGAUACCAAGAGCCGAAUCAUGAGGGCUUCGUGGAUGAAGCCCCUCGACUCUGCCCUAGAAGCAGCGAAGUCCGGUCGUUUUGGGAAGGGGACAAAAGCAAUGAAGGAACUCGGAACACCCUCGGCGAUACAGCAUAGGGAGCCUGUAGAUGACCGUCGGGACUAUUCUCGUCGACCCGUGCUAUCCGAAGUUCCAUAUAGAAGUGCCAAGAGGAAACUGAAGACUGCGCUCCAAGAGUACUACCGAGGGCUGGAAUUACUCAAAUCAUAUUCUCUCCUCAACCGAACAGCAUUUCGAAAAAUCACCAAGAAAUAUGACAAGGCUGUAAAUGCCAGGCCACCUGGGCGCUACAUGACGGAAAAGGUCAACAAGGCCUGGUUCGUGCAAAGCGAAGUAUUGGAUGGACACAUACAUGUCGUUGAAGAUCUGUAUGCCCGAUACUUUGAACAAGGCAACCAUAAAGUAGCCGUUGGAAAAUUGCGAAUCAAGACUGCCCGAGCUGGUGACUUUACAGAGAACUCAUUCCGUAAUGGCGUGAUGGUAGCUGCAGGAUUAGUAUUUGGGAUAGAAGGACUGAUUUACGGACUUGAGCUACUUAACUCACCCGAUCGAACGUUAGCACUCGACACUAGCUACCUCCUUCAGAUUUACGCUGGAUACUUUCUCAUGGUGUUCUUAAUGCUACUGUUCUGUGUGGUCUGCAGAAUCUGGCAAGACAGCAAAAUUAACUUUGCUUUCGUCUUUGAGUUUGAUACCCGCCACCACCUUGAUUGGAGGCAACUGUCUGAAUGGCGACUCGCUCUCGCCGGAUUAUACCCUGUAGAGUUCAGAGAUUUCUACCUUGGCGACAUGUUCUGUUCCCUUACAUACAGCAUGGGAAAUAUCGAACUCUUCUUCUGCCUUUACGCUAAUAGAUGGAACGAUCCUGGCCGGUGCAACUCGACGCACUCUCGCCUUCUAGGAUUCUUUUCUACCCUGCCUGGUGUCUGGCGAGCGCUGCAAUGCAUUCGACGUUAUAACGAUACUAGAAACGUAUUUCCGCAUCUGGUGAAUGGCGGGAAAUAUAUCGCUACAAUUCUGUUCUACGCUACUUUGAGUGUCUAUCGAAUUGGCAAAACACCGCAACAUCGUGCCGCUUUCAUCGUCUUUGCAACAAUCAAUGCAAUCUAUUGCAGCAUCUGGGAUGUAGUCAUGGAUUGGAGUCUCGGCAAUCCAUAUGCCAAAAACAGGUUCCUUCGCGACACCCUCGGAUAUAAAAAGGUCUGGAUGUAUUACGUCGCAAUGGUCGUCGAUCCUAUCAUUCGAUUCAAUUGGAUAUUUUACGCCAUUUAUCCCAUCGAACUCCAGCACUCCGCUGUUCUGUCCUUCGUUGUUGCUUUCUCUGAAGUUUUUCGAAGAGGCAUGUGGAGCCUGUUUCGCGUUGAGAACGAGCAUUGUACCAACGUCGGCCGCUUCCGAGCGUCCAGGGACAUUCCUCUACCCUACGAGCUUCCUUCUAUUACUAGCUCUCCAGAUAUCGCCACCCGCCCAACGUCGCAUCAUCCCUCGGCGGCCGGUCAACAGGACGGGCCAUCUCCCUCUGUGUCAGCCCUCACCCGUGUCGCGACCGAAGCUCGUACUAGUGGCAUCGAUCUCGAAGCUGCCCGCACCCGCUCUAACACAGGCCAUCGCCGCCGCCGCGGCACUGUUUCCUCGUCCGCAGGCAGACCAUCACCGCAGCCUCUCGGAUUCUCGAGGGUAGGGACGAUACUGCACGCUGCACAUGCGCAGGAUUUCGAGCGCAAGAGGAGGCCGGAGACGGGGCCAAAGGUUUCCGCGGAUGAAGACGACUCGGAUGACGACGAGAUCGAAGUUGGAGAUGAGAGCAGUGAUUAUGCGCAUGACGAAGCGGAGAUCAGGAAGGCGAAAGCGGUGGGGGAGAGCAGCAUAGAGGCUGAUGAGGCAAUCGAUGUAAUCGACGACUUGAGAGCCGAGGGAGACGCGUUGAGAAUGCCUGAAGAGGCCGAGCAUGCAAGCCCUAAGGCUAGUCCGCACCAAUAG